UUCCUCCUUCUAGCUCACACCAACACCCAAACUUCUUCUUACCUUUGACGCUUCUUGAAUUAUCCCACAACCACCUCAUACUCCUAUCCUUCCUCAACAUCUAAGACCUUAUCAUCACGUCGGAGUUAUUCGACAGUUUCAGCCACGACUCACUCGGCAUCCAGCCGCGCCUGGCGAUCUUUGCUAUUUGAACCGCUUCAAGAUCUUAAGACUCCAUCACCAACGUAUCAUCUAACAAGAACGACAGUCAUUCGACAAGAUGGCACCCAACAGGCUCAAUAACUAUUCGAUCUGUUUCUCUGGCACCUUCGAGCACGCCGAAGCACAACUCAAAAAGUGGACAGAGGCCAAUGGCGGAUCCUACGAACGCCAUAUCUCGCCCUCAACCACUCACUUGAUCGUCACCAAGGCCAACUGGCGCGCUCGUGUGCCUGAGGUGGAAGCUACACUCAAGGACAAGAGUGUCAAGAUCGUUGACUACGAGUGGUUCGAUGACAGGCUACGUCUGGGCGGCCGCGUCUCGGAGACCAAGUACCUCUGGACUACGAUCGAUGAAGAGGCUAUCAAGCAGGAGGCCAAGGAAGCUAAGCUCGCCGAACGCGAGGAGAAGCGAGUUGCGAGGGACAAGGAAAAGAAGAAGAGGGACAGCAAGCGUAUCGACUGGGGUGGUGCUCUACUGCAGCACACCAACGCCGUUGCAAGAGUCACGGAUAGCGACUCCAGCGAGGAUGAUAGCGAAGACUCUUCGAAGCGCGAGCUCGCUGAAGAAUUUGCUAAGGGAGCCAAGCAAGCAAAGAAGGAUCUCAUGAGCGAUAACCACCACAUCUACAUGGAUAUAACUGGCUUUGUCUACGACAUCUGUCUCACCAAGGCAAUGGUCGAGCUCAGUCGUCUUGACAGAGCUUCCAUCACCCUCUACGAGACCAACGCCAAUCCUCACAGCUAUGCUGUUGUUGUCAAGAUGGCCGAGAAGGACCCUCAAGACCACGACACCACCACCGUUCAAGGCGUUAACUUCGCCACUGCCUUCAAGUGUUGGAGAGACAACUUCAAGACGCUUACUGGCAAUGAGUGGAACAAUCGCAUCAAGAAAUGUUCCGAUCAACCUGCCCUGGCCCCUCUACCUCGUCCCAAGAUCGCCAUUUUUGCUCCCAGCAAGUCUUCGCCUCUUGGUAAGCUAUCAAAGCUUACAAAGAAGGGCAAGGAAAACGAACAACAGCAGUCGGACGAGCCCACGGCUGAAGAGCUUCAGGAGCGUCUCAACACUGCCUUUGUCCGUCAAAAGUAUCGCUACCGUCUCCCUUCCGAGGACAAGCCUCGUGGGACCAUGCCUGACGGCUCUCACUACAAGCAUCAGGACAACAAGGCCGUCUAUGAUCUCUUCGGCAAGACUGCUGACAGAGGCGUCGAGGCUAUGAAGACCAAGGAGGAGGCCAAGGAAGAAGCCAAGAGACUGAAGAAGUUGGUCAACAGAAAGAAGAAGCCCAUUGAGAUUGUGAUCAUCGACAGUGAUGACGAAGAAGAAGAUAGUGAAGAAGACGAGGAAAGUGAUGAGGAUAAGGACAUGGAGGGAGGAGAGGAACAUGGCUAUGUCGCCGUCAACGCUGUAGGCAGUGACGUCGAGACGAAGGUCGUCGACACCGCUGGACCUCCCAUUGACCAAGACUUCGCCAUGGUCGACGCCCCUGCUGCUCAGGUUUGAUCGGUCCUUCGAGAACAGCGACUUGCCGGAGAAAAAGUUCUUGCAUCCAAUCGGGCCAGUAUUUGAGGACGCAGCUGAGCAGAAGAGCGGCAACUACGUCUUGUACAAUUUAGAGGAGAGCAGAUUGCAUCGGACAUGCUGGAGAUUUUGAUACUCACGAGCGUGGAGUAGAUACUGAGCAUUACCAUUUUCCUUUAUACCAAUCACAUAACGAGUGCAUCACUUCAGGAGCCUUCUGUGCCUU